AUGGCUGGAGAAACUUUUACGUGGGUGCUCCGCAAGAUGAACUCUCUCCUGACAGAAGUGGAUUCAGAUGGCCCUUUGGGGUAUAACGGUACUCGGGAUCCUUUUCGGCUAUCGACCUCCGAAGCGGCACACUGCCCUCGAUCACCUUUCCUUCACCCAGAAACUGGCGCGAUUGGACCUCCCUGGAAUGGCCCCCUGGGAGGCAACCCCUGGGCGUGGACUAAUGCCCGUGUUCUCUCGACACUGGUCAUUGGCAUUGUUGUCCUAAUCGGCUUCUGCCUGUACGAAUGGAAGGGUACCUCGACGGGUAUUCUGAGCCACGAGCUCUUUAAGCGCCGAACCUUCACCGUUUGCAUCCCGCUCAUGUUCAUCGAGGGUAUCCUGCUAUUCGCGAUUAUCAUCUUCUACCCCGCUGUCCCUCUCAUGGUCGGCUUUUUCCUCUGGAUGGCUGGCACUGUAGGAAUGGCAACGAUCCAGCCAAACCAGUCUGUGAACCACGUCGUCUUCAACGGCCUUUGCGGCCUCGGCUUCGGCGGUCCGCUCAUUCUGCUCAUCUCGUGUGCGCAGCUCGCUGUUCCGCACCAUCUGAUCGCUACCGCGACGGCGGUCAUGACCUCGUCACGUGCCGUUGCCGCAGCAAUGUUCACCGCCAUCUACAGCGCUUCCGUCGGCAGCUCGGAAACUUCAAAGCUGCCAUCGUAUAUCGGCAAGGCGGCAGUUGCUGCUGGCUUGCCUCAAGCCACAUUGACAGAGUUCGUGCAAGCCAUGCUCAGCAAGAACGCAGCCGCCCUCGAGAAGCUAGGGACACCUGCCAUCGUUGCCGCAGCACAGAAGGCUGUCCUCCAGGCGCAGGCUGAUAGCUUCCGCAUCGUGUAUAUCAUUGCAGCACCGUUCGGGUUGGUCGCGGUCAUUCUGUCGUGGUUCAUCGAGGAUAUGACGACGCUCAUGACAUACCAUGUCGAUGCGCCGGUUGAGGUGUUGCACGCCAAGGGCUGGACUGAGGAUCGCAGGACUCAAGAGGAUCAUAGCCAGUGA